AUGGAGGCUUCCUCGGCCACCGCCCAGAUGUCGUGCUUCGCGACGGGCGCGCUGCUGAGGGUGCGGAAUGCCGGCAGGCCCAGGUUCGUCGCUGCGAGGCAGGUGGUCGCCAUGGCCGAACAGCCCAAGGGGAUGGACAGGAGGGGCGCCCUAGCCACCCUUGCCGGAUUCGUCGCCGGCGUCUCAUACGCUGGCAUCGCGGAGGCAGCCAUUGACUCCAGUGCACUGCUGGAGAAGUAUGAGCAGAACAAGGGUGGGCCAAAGGCAUCAGUCAAAAAGGCAGCGCCCGUUCCCAAGCCUGCACCCGCAGCUGCCCCAAAGGCAUCAGUCGAAAAGGCAGCGCCCGUCCCCAAGCCUGCACCCGCAGCUGCCCCUGCGCCGGCACCUGCUGCUGGCCCAGCACCUGCAGCCAGAGCUGGGGCAGCAUCGUCAUCAGGCUUCAGUCCUGCUCUGUUUGGGGGUGCUGCUGCUCUCAUCGCAGGAGCCCUCGCCCUAGGCAAUUCAUCUGCGGAUACUGCCAAGGGCAAAAAGGUGCGCGCUGCAAAGAAGCCUGUGAAGAAAAUUCGAACCGGCACUGUGAGUUCAAAGUUUUCCGCAAAGAAGAAGAUCGUCCCUAAGCCAACAUACGCCAAGAAAGUAGUCAGGCCGGCUGUCAAGAAGGUGCCCAAGCCUGUGCCCAGGCCUGCCCCCAAGCCAGCAGCCAAGCCUGCAGCCAAGAAGCCUGGCAAGGAGAGCACCAGCGAUCUCAUCCCCGUGGCUGGCGUUGGUUUGGCCCUUGCUGCUGGACUUGUCUUCUUGAGCCCAGGACAGAGGGCGACCAGUAAGACCACCCCAGUUGUGAGCUCCCCGGCACCAAGUGCCACCAAGAAGACCAAAAGUGUGGCAAGUGCCCCUGUUGCAGUGUCCAAGGUGCAGCCUGCCCCACCUGUCAAGGCAGCUCGCAAACCAGCUGCCAAGACUGCUUCGGUUUCCAGCCUCAAGGCUGCUCCGCCCAGCAAGGCAGCUCGCAAGGUGGCCCGGAAACCUGCCAAGACUGUUUCGGUGUCCAGCCUCAAGGCUGCUCCGCCCAGCAAGGCAGUCCGCAAAGUGGCUCGCAAGCCUGCCAAGACAGUUUCAGUGUCCAGCCUCAAGGCCGCCCCAGCCAGUAAGGCAGCCCGCAGGCCUGCUCCCAAGGCGGUCAGCAAGCCGGCUCCAAAGCGGCCUCGCAAGGUUGUCAGCAGUGGUCCCAAGCCAAGGCCAAAGGUGGUGAAGAGGAAACAGAUCGUGGUGCCUGCAAAGAGGGGCAAGAAGGCCAGCAAGACGUCUGCAGGGACGUUGGCCGAUGGCCUGUUCGCCCUCGUACUUGCUGGCACUGCCGUCUACUUCCUUGGUGAAAGGAAGGAGGGCAGCUCAUCGUCGUCGUCAUCAUCUUCUCCUCCAAAGGCAUCGUCCACUGCAGCUUCAGGGGCGUCCAGUCCACUGACUCCUGACGAGGAAAUCACGCAACGGCAGCAGGAUGCAAGCGGGUGGAUCGACUCUUACAAGGACCGCAGCAACAAGGGACUUUUUGGAUUCAGAAAGAAGGACGAUUGA